AUGACGGCAUCGUAUGCUCUUCCCUAUGAUCUCCAAGAUUUUGUGAUGGCGAAUGAUGAUUUUCUCAUCUACAACAACAAUCCCGCCGACAAUUUACUUAGCCUGAGUAACAACACCACCUCAGCCGAUCAGAUGGAUGACCUGCUGUGGAAUUUCGAUUACACAAAUUUCGCCAUCAACGACGCUGAUUCUAAAUUAUUUGAUACGCCUUCAUACACUAUAUCGACCGAGAACCUAAAACAAAUUGAAUCAUCACAAUGUGAUGCCCCCAGUCAAUCAGACCACGCUAUGCACACGAGCAUGUCCAGCCCUGGCAUGGAAUUGUCAUCUCCCUCCCUGACGCACAGCUCAAGCCAGAGCAGCAGUCGCAGCACUAGCCCGGUAUCAGAGGAGCUCCCCGCAGUUGCGAAACCAAAAAGAAAACGAAGCCCCGUUGUCAACAAAGCGGCACACAACAAAGUGGAGAAGCGAUAUCGAUCAAACAUUAACGCCAAAUUCACCGCUCUCAAUAAUAUAUUGCCUGUAUCCGAGACGGUGCAGAGUUUACUGGAAAAACAAGACCAAAACGAUGAGCCCGUGCAACAGCAUCGGAACAAGGGCGAAGUCCUCAGCGAAGCUAUAAGAUAUAUCAAGCAGCUCGAAGAGAGGAAUCGUGCCUUGGAGGGCGAAGUUCGGAUUCUCAAAGAUAAUCUUUUGCCUCGGAGGAGAAAGAAUUAG